AUGUCGCAAAGUCUGUCGUCAGAAUGCACUCCGCUGAAACAAGCGUACGACUCAUGCUUUAAUUCCUGGUUCGAGGGCUACUUGGAACCCGCCAUUGCCGCCUCGACGUCAGUAGAAGCUCGGGCAGCGUAUUCGAAGAAAAAGGCCGACGAAUUCCAGGCGAAAUGUGGGAAGGUAUGGGAUGAGUACAAAGCUUGCGUUCAGAAAGCCGUGAAAGAGAAGGGGCUUGACAAACUCUUGCAACAGGCGAGAGAGGAAAACCCACUCAUUGAGCCUGUACCUCCACCCCCUGUGAAUCCCCCAACGAAAUAA